AUGGCGAGUCAGACACAGGGAAUCCAACAACUGUUGGCGGCUGAAAAACGCGCUGCCGAAAAGGUUUCAGAGGCGAGGAAGCGAAAAGCGAAACGCCUAAAGCAAGCCAAGGAAGAAGCUCAAGAUGAGGUGGAAAAGUACAGACAGGAGCGCGAAAGGCAAUUCAAAGAGUUUGAGGCCAAGCACAUGGGUACCAGGGAAGGUGUAGCUGCUAAGAUUGAUGCAGAGACUAAAGUGAAGAUUGAGGAGAUGAACAGAAUGGUGAAACAGCAACAGGAGCCGGUGAUCAAAGACGUUCUCAGCCUGGUGUACGACAUUAAGCCUGAGCUCCACGUUAACUACCGCUUCAAGUAA